GAAACUCUCACGGACCCCCACCCCGGGCGGCGCCCCUCGACGACGUCCCCGCCCCGAGCCCCUGCUGCCCAGUGCCCGCACUGAGAGGGCCUGGGGCUGAGGCCGGAGCUGACCGGCCCCAGCCCCGUGCCAGGCCACGAUGCUCAUGAGGAAAGUGCCCGUCUUCGUCCCGGCCUCCCCGUGGGGGCUGCGGCUGCCGCAGAAGUUCCUCUUCCUUCUCUUCCUCUCGGGCCUCGUCACCCUGUGCUUCGGGGCCCUCUUCCUGCUGCCCAACUCCUCUCGUCUCAAGCGCCUCUUCCUGGCCCCCCGGACCCAGCAGCCCGGCCUGGAGGUAGUGGCCGAAGUCGCCGGCCACCCCCUGGCCCGCGAGCAGGAGUCGCCUCCCAACCCGGCGCCCGCUGUGCCAGCCCCCGGUGAGGGCGACGCCAGCAGCCAAGCAAGUACCCGCCGCCGGAAAGUGUGGCUGCGGCGCACGCACCCCACCGGGACACGGGAAAUGGCCACGGUGGCCCGGAGCAGCGGCAGCACGGCCCUCAGACCCCAGGAGGGGGGCAUCCCGUUUAGCUUUGACUUCAACGCGUUCCGGAGCCGCCUCCGCCACCCGGUCCUGGGGACCAGGGCAGAUGAGAGUAAGGAGCCCCAGAGCCUAGUUCGAGCCCAGCGGGAGAAAAUCAAGGAGAUGAUGCAGUUCGCCUGGCGGAGCUACAAGCUUUAUGCAAUGGGGAAAAACGAGCUCCGGCCGCUCACAAAAGACGGCUAUGAGGGCAACAUGUUUGCCACGGGUUCUCCUAACUCGAAAGCCUCCCUCAGCUGGAGAGUCUGCAGAGUGCCUUAUUGUGGGCACGGCCUCACAUUCCAAAUUUAACACCCUCCCGAGUCGCCAGCUCUCCUCUCUGCAGGCCUUUCUCCAGAAAAGAUGCUGGAGGCGGCCUGGCUUGCUUCCUCCUUGAGAGACAGGAGCUGUCCAGGGCUGGAGACAGAAAUUCACCCGCUAUGUUCCUCACUCCUUAGAGACACGGGCUCCUGAGGUCCAGAACCAAAGAACCAAGCCAGAUGAAAAUUCCCAGGAAAAUCUUCAAGGCAGAUUUAAAGGGAUGGCCCCCACAUGUAUGGUCUUGUGGGAAGUGCUUCUGUUAUGGGAAGAGGGACACGGGACCUGCCUUCCUCCCUCUAACCAGUCAGCAUCACAUCCUUUCUGGAUGUUCAGAUAACUCACUCCCCUUGGGGGUGUGUGUGUGUGUGUGUGUGUGUGUG